AUGUUGCGUCAUUCGUUAACCUCACUGCUUUUGCUCGGUUUGGCCACGUUUACAUCUGGCCGUGCUCUUUCUCCUCGUGACGGAGAUGUAGCAAUAGGCGAUAAAUUUAAAGAUCACGACGAUAUUAAAGCUUUUGAACAGGCAGCAUCCGAUGGUACACCUGGUGAACUAGAACUGCGCUUUAAGCCUGGGCUCAAUGAUGCCAGCGGAUGUUUUCCAUAUGCAGCCGUCGAUAAGGAUGGUUACCAUGGUGCUGGAUUGAAACCUACCGGAAAAAGCGGUGGAAAGUGCCGAGACCCUGCCCUUGGUCAGGUCUACUCAAGAGUGGGAGUCUCCAACGGACGCACUGCUGUCUUGUACUCCUGGUACAUACCCAAGAUCAUGACCGACAGCGACAACCACAAACACUGGUAUUUGAGCGUCGUAGUCUGGCUUCAUACGGACAAGUGCGGCGCCAUGGCUGCCGACUAUUCCAUCGCCGGCGUCAGCUACUCCAAUGGCAAGGAGACCUUUGAUACGACAAUGAGUUCGUCUACCAUCUACAGCUCUGGAGACAGUAACACGGGGGCUGUCAACACGCAUCCUAUUGUAGGCUAUGACGGCCAAGUGGGCGUGUUUCCAUCGGAUGACAGUGCUAUCUAUGCGCUCACCCCUCCAAUGAUUAGCUGGGACAAGCUGUCGACUGCGGCUAGAGAACAGUUCAACGGAAUUCAAUACGAGCAUGCACGAUGCCCCUUCACGGAUAACAAUUUCCAGUACACUCUGGACGCUUCUUACAACGCAAACUUCUAUGACAAGGUGCCAGCUGAGCCUGCUGCUGAUUGCGGGGCGACCCCUACGACUUCGACAGCCGAUCCCGGCUCAACUGAUCCGACCUCGAGUGGCACGCCAACAGAACCCUUGACAUACCCAUCAGCGACGACCACCGAUGAUGUAGAGCCUAUAGAGGAUGGCCCGGAAAUCAACCCUUCCAGUAUGCCGGCCGACCCGACUUACACGCCAACCCCGGGUGAUGGGCAGUAG